AAAUCCCCCCCCCCCCCAGAAAAAAAAUCUGUGUGUUUAUAGGUCUUCAUUGAUCCUCAUCUCGCCGCUGCUAUGGCUCCGCAGUCCGUCGUCGCCGUUCAAGUGGAGAACGUCGAGUUUCCACUGGCAAUGAAAGCUCCGGGCUCCGAGAAGAGCUUCUUCCUUGCCGGAGCUGGGGAGAGGGGCCUCCAAAUCCAGGAUAAGUUCGUGAAGUUCACGGCCAUCGGAGUGUACCUUGAGGAUGACGCCGUUCCAGUGCUCGCCCCUAAAUGGAAGGGAAAGACGGCGGAGGAGUUAACGGAAUCCGUCGAGUUCUUCAGAGAAAUCGUCACUGGUGGAUUUGAGAAAUUCACUAGGGUGACAAUGAUAUUGCCAUUGACUGGCCAGCAAUAUGCUGAGAAAGUAUCAGAAAAUUGUGUGGCCAUUUGGAAAGCUCUGGGAAUUUACACAGAAGCAGAAGAAAAGGCCAUAGAAAAGUUUGUUGCAACCUUCAAAGAUGAAACCUUCCCCCCAGGCUCCUCUAUUCUCUUCACUCAAUCUCCUAAAGGAUCUCUCACGAUAAGUUUUUCAAAAGAUGGAUCCAUUCCUAGAGCUGGGGGAGUUGUAAUAGAGAACAAGUUAUUGUCAGAGGCAGUGUUGGAGUCCAUUAUUGGGAAGAACGGUGUGUCUCCUGCUGCAAGGAAAAAUGUGGCCACCAGAUUAUCUGAUUUAUUCAAUCUCUCUCAAAACGGCUCAUCACAAAAUUGAUUCCCUCUCAACCUAGCUUGGCUAGUGCUGCUCUUCUUGAUCUGUACCUUUCAAUAAUGUGUGCCUUCUCUUUGUGGCUUGAUGUGACUCAACUGGAGACUUGAUUUUUAAUAGCUUACUUCUUCCUUAUGUGUGGUUUAAUUAAUUUCUGUGUGCUAUCUUUGGUUUUAUUUUUAA